UGAAUAACAGAUUUAUUUCUGAAAAUAAAAGUCUUUACUAUCAGUUAAAUGGAUGUACACAGGCUCGGCGUUAAUUAUCGCCUAGAACUGAACAGCACGUACGUACACCUGCAUUGCACGUCAGUUUAUAAUAAUGUAUAUAAAAGAUCAUAUUUUCAUGUAUGAUGCCAAGUUUGGGACAAACUGUCAGUGACGUUGUUUGGAAAGGCUUUCAAUGAAAAUUAUUCCAUUAUUUAUUGACUCUGUCACUUUCCCACACGCCUAUCAGCAUAUCUUUAUUUCAACAUGCGUCACUAAAAUGGACUUUAUAAAUGAGUGACCACUUUCUCAGGCACAGAAUUUAAAGAAACGAGCUCGCGAUUCUUUGUAUGUUAACAGCAGUCAACCCAGACGAUUGCAAAAAAAUACUUGACCGUGUACAGAAGAUCAAACAGAAACAUGUUUGAGAACACCAACGUUAGUUGGCCAUCCAUAAACAGUUCUCUGGCAAAGCAAGAUGCUCGAAACGUUACCGACCGAGAUUGCCCUAAAGCGGACUCCACAACGGAAGUAGCAGUGAAAGCCCUGGCUUAUUUUGCCAUUCUUCUUGUUUCAUUCGUUGGUAAUAUCUUUCUCGUCUUGGUUAUUUACAAGAACAAGCAGUUGAGAAAGUCGAUUAAUUACAUUGUUUUCAACAUGGCCAUGUCCGACCUUUUCGCUCCGUUGACCAUCAUGCCCAUCAAAAUAGUGCCGAUCAUUUCAGGGUCUUAUUCUUGGAAAGUCGACAGUCCGCAGAUACUGGGAAACACUUUGUGCAAACUUUGCUACUUUCUUCCCGAUGUUUCUCUUGCUGUUUCCAUCCAAAGCCUCCUGAUAAUGUCAGUGGACAGGUUUAUCGCUGUCGUCUUCCCUCUCAGUGCAAAACUCAUCUCAUCAAAGGUGCGUUUGACGAGCAUUCUGUGCACAUGGAUCAUUGCCGUUGCAGUUCAUGCGCCUUAUUUCUACACUUUCCGGCUGACCACCUUACAAAAUGAGAGUUAUUGCAUUUCAUCUUGGGCACCGGCAUUUGACCACGAAGAGACAAACAGGAGAUAUAUCACAGCUACAUUCAUCGCUUUUAUCAUUGUACCCAUUUGCCUCUUAGCUCUUGCAUAUAGCUCCAUAGCGUUGACUCUGAAGAAGAAGUUCAAGCAACGUAAACAGCAACUGUCUUGCCACCAACACCAUCGAGACCGACAGUUCAGAAAAGUUAUUCGACUGUCAGCUGCGAUAAUGAUGGCCUUUAUUUUCUGUAUGGUUCCACAGCUUGUAUUCGUAUUUACUCGAGUUUUCCUAUGGAAUUGGGAAGUGCCACCAAUUUGUGUAUUCCGCAACGGCAACGCGAUCCCAUUCAGUGCCACCUUUAUGAUGCAUUCCUGGAGCGCUAUAAACCCAUGUAUUUGUUUUGUUUUUAACCGAAACUAUCGUAACAGUCUUAAACAUGUGCUAUUCUUUGGUCGUUUUAGUCGCAUGAAAUUCGACUUGAAAGAUAACCAGCUAAAGGAAACAAAAAUGACAUCGAUUCACAGUCUCCGAAGCAGUCAAAGUACGCCGCAUUCAACCAAACUUUAAAACCGAACAUCAAAUAUUGCAGACUGGCUGAAUUCACAUACACUUUCUAAAGGAUACAGCAACAGCUUAUCAUCAACACCUCUUUGCCAAUAUCAAGUCAAACUGAGUCUUUCGAUCUCCAACAAACUUUGAACCUCGAUGCAGGAGUACUGUACGAUUUGAUUGCUGGAGAGAAGACGGCCAGUUGUUAGAGAGAACUAUUUCAGCGUGUCUUGAUUCAAGAGCACUUCUAAAGUAUAGUUUCACCGAAGAAUCGGCUUUUCUUGUCUGCUUGAUCCAAUGACAUUGAUUUUAAGAGAUUAAUAAGAGAUUUCAAGUGCAUUUUAGUGGAACAAUUCACCUAUUCAGGGUCCGUAAAACAUCGCUUAACUUAAGUGAUCCUGUAGAAUAUAUGUAAGUCGUAUCUUUGAAUAUUAAGAGUAAAGAAAGAGUAGCAAACGGUCA